CAUCGACAAACAGCAAGUCCGAAGAUCCAAGAUCCAUACCACCCAUCACCCAACAUCCAACCAAAGGUUCCACACCGAGGAUUGUGAGACCAUUUGUUGUUCUCAAACUAUUGCUUUCUCAGCGCUACUUGUGGUGUUAUCAAUUGGUUCGACUGAGAAAUCCUUGCUACUGAGCCAACGGCAGUUGCAUAUACCAUUCUUUUAGAGCGACUCGACUCGAACUACCACCAUGAAGAUUGUGCCGUUCCUACUGUUCCCUGGGUAUUAUUGCAUUCUGUUUGCUGCGACACGAGCAUGGGCAUCAUCAUCAUCGGAUGCUGUGACUGACAUCGUCACAGUUGCAUUGGACAAGAAGCGACCAUUUACACAUUACUGGAAAAGGAGCUUUGGAUCGGGACAUGCGGCUCUGACGCUACGUCUGGAUUGGCAAGCGCAUUUGCGUCGCGCUGUAGAGGAUCUGGGUUUGCAGGGAGUCCGACAUCAUGGCCUCUUGAAUGAUGACAUGGGGGUCGUCACGGCGCCGCGACAGUACAACUUUUCAUUGGUUGAAGAAAGCUGGCGCUAUCAGUUGAGCUUGAACAUUACGCCUCUGGUAGAGCUCUCCUUCAUGCCAGCAUUCCUGGCCAACUGUACUUGGAAAUCUCCCGAUAAUCAGACGGUUGUCAAUCCAGGCAAGGAACCAUGUGACACUCGGUGGUUUAGGUACAAUCCCAUCACUGCCAUGCCCAUAGACUGUGACGACUGGUAUCACCUAGUACGUGCUCUGGUCAAGCAUGCCGUCCAGACGUUUGGACUCAAGGAAAUCCAAAAAUGGCGCUUUGAGGUUUGGAACGAAAUGUGGGGCACUCCCUUUCCAGAGCAGUACAUGAAACUCUACAAUGCAUCCGCACACGCCGUCAAGGAUGUCCAUCCAACACUACGAGUGGGAGGACCCACGACGUAUGAAUUCACGCAACUCGUGGAGUUUGUCAAGUUGGCACAAAAACAAAACAUUCCUUUUGACUUUGUUUCGAGCCACAUGUACCCGACGGAUGACCAAUGUCCUCGUACCGACCGAGAACCCGAAAACUGGUGGCCCGAUUGUUUCUUGGACCAUAUCAAAGCUCGCAAAGACCGAGUGGAUAAAUUGGCACCACACAACACCGAGUUUCUUGUCACCGAGUUUAAUGUCGGUUGUUGUAUUGGAUCACCACAACACGACAAUCAUGGAGCGGCGGCAUUUGUCUUUCGAGCCAUUCCUCCAUUGGAGGGUAUUGUCGAUAUCCUGUCGUGGUGGACGUUCACGGAUGUCUUUGAGGAGGGGACAUUGGUGGACCAGCACACGGAAUACAUGCAAAUCUAUGGUCUCAUGACAGUCAGUGGCAUCCCCAAGCCGGCCUGGAGGGCCUUUCAAAUGCUGCAUGAACAUGGCGGGGAUCAACGGCUGGAGGUGACCCUGAAUCAAGUCAAUGGCAGGACAUUUACCACUGGAGGACGAGAAGAUGACUACACGCCACAAUCGUCUGGAACUUGCUUCACAGAGUCCAACAUCCACUUUGCGAGAUAUGAUUUGGGCACGGUUGCCGAGGCCAAAACUGUGGAAGCGUGUUGUGACGCAUGCCGAAAGAACUCAGAGUGCUUUGUCUUUUCCUUCUUUACCAAUGAAACCAAGUGCUUGCUCAAGGCGUCGGAUCAUGGCCGAAAGCCAUACAUCGACAAUGUGGUUAGUGGUUGGAAGUCAACCUUACCGCGACCGGCGCCGGCCAUUUCUGUCAUGGCCACUAGCAAAUCCAAAGAACAAACGGCCAUCUUUCUGGGAUACUGGGAUGCAAACGAUAUUGAAAGUAUAGGGGCAAACCGAACCGUCAAAGUCAUGUUGAAGCCAUCGUUACAGACCCAAACAGGGUAUCACCCUCCAGUCGCCUCGUACUCGGCGACCGAGUACAGGAUCGACAAGACCCAUGCCAAUGCGAUUCAAGUGUAUCAGGCAAUGGGGUCACCACCAAAACCCUCUCCAAAGCAACUUGAGGAAUUGAUGAAAGCAAGUCAAGUUGUUCCCGAGCCGAUGGAGUUCGCUGACGAUGGGUCUCUGCUGGUCGUGCUACCUCCAAACAGUGCUGUGACUGUCGUCCUCCGUGAAAACAAAGAUGAUAUGACGGCAUCACAACUUUCUUGAAUACUAUUCAGUGGUUUAACAUAUACGCGACCGAGAUGCAGUAAGACCACGCAGAAACUGACCAAGCAACAUUAGAAAUGGCAAUACUGUCCUCCUUCCAAAUCCCAGAGAGUCCAGAGUCUGCGACAGACUCCGCGGGUUCCUCUGUUGUGGCGUAGAUGGCUGCAUCCUCGCUGUUUUUCGCCAACUGCGGGCGCUGCACGGCGCCCCUACCGAUGCCACCAGUACCGUACGAUCACCAGUAGUGUAUUGUUCAAUAAAUUCACCAGCAGUGGCUACAGUUGGGAAGGGCAAGAAUAUAUACUACUUCAACUCUGACGUCGCUUCGUAGCGUUCACUUGCUUCCGUUUCCA